GAAAGCACUUUUAGUACACACCCCAAGUAACCAAAAACCUGCAAUAUUAUUAUUAAUAAUUCAGAAGAAAGAUAAGAUCAUGAAGGAAGAAGGAGAAAACAUCACAAAAACAAGAAGGAGUAGAGAGAGUUUCAAUGAUUGUGGUGCUGCUAACGGUGUUGGUGUAGUAGCAGCAAAAGUUAUGGCAAACAACAACAACAACAAUAAUCAUAAUAAUAAUAGUCAUAAGGGUAACUACAACUACAAAUUCUGGGUUUUAGCUGCAAUAAUUGUUCUUGCACUAUGGUCAAUGUUCACUGGCUCUGUCACACUCAAAUGGUCUGCUUCAAACCUCACAAGAUUCUCACAUGACUUGGAUCAUUCUAUCACUCUUCAAGAUCUUGAUGUCUUGGAAGUGGAGGAGAGGGAGAAAGUGGUGCGGCGGAUGUGGGAGGUUUACACCCACAGCACCACCGCGAAGGUGCCGCGAUUUUGGUCAGAUGCAUUUCAUGCUGCCUAUGAACAUUUGGUGAGUGAUGUACCUACAAUUAGAGAUGCUGCCAUCUCAGAAAUUGCUAAGAUGUCUAUCCAAUUUCUCAGUUUGCAGCAGCAACUUCCAAUUCAGCUUCAAUCUGAAUCUAACAUCAGGGUAUCAAGGAAAAUGAAAGAAGAACAAGAAAGUAGCUGGGGAGCUAAAAUUGGCACUAAGCAAUAACAAGGAAUCAGUAGCUGUUCUAUUGUAUAAGACUGAAAUAUAAAAUGUGUGUAGAUCUUACCAUGUUUGUAUAGUUUUGUACAUUUAAAUUAGUGUUGUCAUCAAUGUAUGAAUAAGAACACACUGCUUUUUCAAGACAUUACAGUGUACAAAAAAAAGUGAUGGUUCAAGUAACUAGGCCCACCGGGCUAUCGUGGGCUGCAGAUGCAACGGCCUGUUAUCCCUCCACUAUUGGAAGCAGGAAGUGUUCGUCGCUCUGUGAAACCAGCCUCACGCAUUGCCUUCCAUUCUAAAGGCAAAGAGACCCGGGCCUUCGCCUAGGUACCUGGGCCCAACUCUCAACUUGGAGAGGGCAGACCAACUGAGACAUCAGUCAGCCCAGCAAGGCAGCCUUGGCCCUUGUUCCAUCACCUUAGUAUUUUGAAGUUGUGUCGGAUGUGGGACUUUUAAAUGCAGAUUAUAACCUAAAAAAAAUCUGCAUUUGAUUGACAAGGUUUAUUAUUAUAUAUCCAUUUUUCCUCUCACUUUUUUGGAUGAAAUAAAGGAUAAUCCAUCUAUCUCA